AUCAGCAUCACAUAUGGUUGGCAGUUUCAGACCAUUUGCCACACAGCAAGCAAGCAAGAUGAAGGCAGCAUACUUUUAUCUUGCUAAUGCUGUCACACUGGGCCUACUGUCCUUUUCUUCAGGUUUGAAGGAGAAACUUACAACACCUGUCAAGGAAAUAUGGAAGGCUUCUUCUAUUAAAGUACCGGAAAACCUGAUCAAUAAAUCAGUGGAUGCAAAUAACCUUCCUCGAUGUGGUGUAACGGACCCCAGAGAUUUCGCAAUACUUCCAGGACGUGCAAAAUUUCCAAACACUGAUCUCACCUACAGGAUAAGACAACACACACCAGACUUAACAGACAGUGAAGUGAACAACAUUAUAGCGAAUGCUCUCAACACCUGGGCCCGCGUUACUCCUUUGACAUUCACGCAGACAACAUCCACAGCAGACAUUGAAAUUACUUUUGCUUCCAGAGAUCACGGUGACAGUUCUCCGUUUGAUGGAUCUGGUGGUGUUCUGGCCCAUGCUUUUGGCCCUGGAACAGGGAUUGGAGGUGAUAUUCAUUUUGAUGAGGAUGAAACUUGGACAACAAACUCUGAUGACUUCAACUUGUUUCUUGUUGCGGUACAUGAAGCUGGUCAUUCACUGGGACUUGACCACUCCGAGGACCCUAAUUCUGUGAUGGCUCCCAUCUACAAGUAUGUGAAUACUGAGGGGUAUACUUUGCCACAAGAUGACGUUAACGGCAUCCAAUCUUUAUACGGGCCUCUUCUUAACAGCACAGCAGCAUCCACCACACCUCUAGCAUCUUCAACACAGAAGUCCCCAGCAUCUUCAACACAGACGACUACAAAGCAACCAACACAGACGACUACAAAGCAACCAACACAGACGCCACCAACCUGUGACCCAAACCUGUAUGCAGAUGCUGUUUUGAAGAUAGGGAGAACAGUAAUUUACUUCAAAGAUGGGUUCACGAAGAGUUCACUAUCUCCACGCAUAAGCCGAGUUCAAGACAUUUGGCCAGGUGGCCCAUCAAAUGUUGAUGCUGCCUUUGCAAUCAGAUGGAGAAAUUGGAAAACCUAUCUUUUUCAAGGAUCACAAUACUGGCGCUUUGAAAGGAAUGUUUUAGAUUCGGGGUACCCAAAGCCCAUCAGAAACUUUGGUUUUGCAAACAGUGUUCAGAAAAUUGAUGCUGCAAUGCGUAUAAAUCGCAGAACAAUACUGUUCUUUGUGGGCAAUCAGCUCUGGAGGUACAGGAUUGGCGUAGGAAUGAUAAGAGGAUCUCCAGUCCCACUGAGACAGGUCUUUAGACAAAAUGACAAUGUGGAUGCUGCUGUUAAAUAUCGAGGAAACUAUUACCUCAUAAGUAGAAGGAAUCUCUACAUAUACGACCAGAGGUUUAGACUCAGACGUGUGUUCCGCUUGAGAGGAUGGCUGAACUGCCUCUGAAUAACUUUGUUUUGCUGAUGCGCUGCUGUGCAUGGCAUUUUGUGCAAAAUAUUGCUGGGAGAAGAUUAAAAAUUGUAAUCUUAGAUAUUAGCUAAAAUUAACAAUUCAAGGCAUGUGUAAUGAUUAGCUCUUUCACAACAUAGUGACUACAUUUUAAUAAGAAGUUGAUCAGUUGCUUUGAUUUCUUAAUUAUUCAAUAAUCAUAUUUUCAAUAAGUGUAUCUUAAAAUAAACCUGAUCUGGGUAACAAUUAAA